UGCUAAAAAAAAAAAAAAACACACAAUAAAUAAACUUUAAAGGUCUCUCUGAAGGUCCUUUGUGUGUUUCUUUCCUCUGGUGGACAAUACUUUAUUGUUAUUGAAUAGGGCAUUCGGUAAAAUAUGAAGAGCUCUUUGAAAAUCUGUCGGUAAUUUAGGCUCAAAGGUUUAGCUAAGCAGCAGUCACGUGUUUGUGCCCGGUUUACGUGCGGUAAACUUUUCUACUUUGAAAUAUGAGUAAAAACAGCAGCAUUGUUGAUGAACCUGAGUGGACCAGAGGAGACCUGCAGGCGCUUUGUGCUGCAUUGAAAACCAGCAUCCCAGAAAACGAAAAAUGUAGCAUAUACACCAAAGGACUGAAAGCUGUGGACUGGAAUAAGGUGGCUUUCGCCCCUUUCUCUCCCGAGGCAUGCCUAGGAAAGUGGACAGAGAUUUUGUCGAGGAUGCGCAAGAUGCGGACCCUUGCAGAGAUUGUGGAUGAAGCUGAAGACACCCUUUCUAACCCUGUGAAGAAUAAAAGCAUCUCAAAGAUCUACCCAGAUCUCCCGAAGAGACCAAGCCCUCCAAAUGCUGUCUUUUAUGAAGAGAACCGUGCCAAGUAUCACAAGAAGCACCCAGAGAUGAAAAGCCAGAAGGUAUUGAGGGCCCUAAACAAGAAGUUCAAAAAUCUCUCACGUCAAGAGAAGGCUCGGUAUACGGAGAAAUACAAGCUUGCAGCUGAAGAAUACUGGACAAAGAUGCAGGAGUUCAGGCAAAAAAAUAACUUACCUCCCAUGCCAAAAAGAAGCUGCAAGAGGAAGAGGGUCUUGGAAGACGACACACAUGAUGAAGAGCACAUUGAAGGUGAACAUGGUAUUCCUCCCAAGCCCCCUGUAAAUGGCUACAAUCUGUUUUGCAAAGAGCAAGCGGCAUCUAUUGAGGGGGACACUGGAAAAAACAACGUGACUGUGUGGGCUCAGCGAUGGCGAGAUUUGACUGAGAAGCAGAGGGGCGAUUACAGAGAACGCUGCAGUGAGUUGAGGAGGGAGUUCUCAGUCAAGCUGGAGGACUAUCUAAAGGGAUUUGACACAGAGAAGCAGGAGCAGAUCCUUGAAAAGCACGGCAUCAAAAGACCCAAGGUUUCUGAGGCUCAAACAGUAAAGAGGCGUGUGAAGACAUUUCAAGGCGAGCCCAAGAUGCCCUCUCGAUCUGGUAAUGCCAUUUUCACCAAAAAGCAAAUGGAACUUCUUAAGAAUAAAUCAUCAAGUUCAAAGGAGGUCUUCAGCAGGGUCAGCCAAAUGUGGAUGGACCUCCCGACAAAGGAGAAGGAUCGCUACAAAGUGAAGGUGGAUGACAAUAUGCGACUAUAUGCAAAGGAGCUGCAGGAGUGGUUCAAGAAAUUGACGCCAGCGGAGCAGCAAGACUACCUGUUGGUUAACCCCAGUAAACAUAAAUACCUUGACGGUGUCAAAACAGUUCCUUACCGUAAAGAUCCCUCCCACAGACCAUCAGAUUCAGAAGACGAAAACAUUGAAAGCAGCAGCAGCAGCAGCAGCAGUGAUGAAGAAGAAGUGAUCGUUCUGGAGGGUGAGGAGCUGGAGGAAGGAGAUGACAACAUGUUUGAUUUAUAUUGAUGUUAAAAGGACCGACAGCAUGGGCGACUUUCACACAUCGACCUCAGAUUGGGAUUUUCGCAUGUAAGACAUUAGACGAUUGCUACGAUGGCUGACUCAAAGUCUACAUUUAAUGACAGCAGUGGGGAUGCCACCAUCAGUCCUCCACACAAAGUACGGCAGUGGCUCAGUUGGUAGAGACGUCGCCUCUCAACCGGAAGGUCAAGGGUUUGAUCCCCGGCUGAGCAACAUGUCCGAUGUGUCCUUGGGCAAGACACUCAACCCUGCGUUGCUCCCACUGCUUCAGUGGCGGUGUAUGAAUGGAUUAGUGCUUACUCUCUGAUGCACGUCGCUUUGGAUGAAAGCGUCUGCUAAGUGAAUUGUAACAUUUUAAGUACAAAUUGGAAUUUCCCAGAGCCGCAAGGACAACAUGAGCUUUAGGUUUCCCAAUUUGUGGGUGUUCGUUUGGCAAUAUCAACUGAUGUGACUGUAGACCUUUCAACCCUGGAGCACCUGGUUUUAAAUAUCUAUGGCCUUGUUUUGUUAUCACAGGAUUUUAAUUCUUCACUUUCUAUAAAAUCUUUCUCAAAAUGACCAAAACUGUUUUUACUUUGAAUAAAAGUUGUGCGUUUGGGGUUCUA